GAAGCGGCGCGCGACUGGUUCAGAAGUCAGUGCGGCGCGGCCGGGCGGAGGCCGAGCAAAUGGGAAACGCCCGACGGUAGCAGCGGAGAUGGCAGGUUGAUAACAGAAGGCGGACCUUAAAUGCCCCUUAACAUGACGGCGGCUACACCCGCAGGAAGAUGCAGGCGAAAGCCAAAGCGGAGCGGGGCCUGGCAUGCCUCCAUCGGCGGCGCCGCGUUGUCACCGUGGAGGCGACGGCGGCGGCGGCGGCGGCGGCGGCGCGCGCUGGGCGCCGCGCGCGGCCACGCCCCCGGCGCGCGGGCCAACGGCGUCCCGGGGCGUGGCAAGCGCUGCUCGCGCCCCCCGCGCGCCCGCGCCGCCGCCCCCGCCGCCGCCGCCGCCGCCACAUGCCGGCGGGCGGGCGCCGUGCGCUCGGCGGCCCCUGCGUGCAGCCUCGAGAGCGGCGCGGCCGGCGCGGUGCCCCAGUGA